ACCUACCCAUCGCUCCAUCGAACUACCGCAGCGUAUCUCACUCGACCAUGUCGUACGAAUCGACAAUAACGUUCACGCUUGACACCAUCUGCCCCUGGACAUACCUAGGCUAUCUCCGCCUCAAGAAGGCCCUCUCGGAAUACUCAUCACCCAAAGUCACAUUUACCCUCCGCUUUGCUCCGUACCAGCUCUACCCGGACUUCAGCAAAGAUGGCGAGGAUAAACAUGCGUGGUAUAAGCGCGAGAAGUAUAACAAUGACGAGCAGAAGAUGAAGCUGUAUACGCAGUAUAUGGGCGAGUUGGGCAAACAAGAAGGCGUGGAAUUCGACUUCCACGGCGUCAUCGCAAACACGCUGGAUGCGCACCGCGUACUCUUUUCUACCCAAGAAUCGAAAGGGCCAGAGGCCGCACAAAAAGCUGUAGAAUCACUCUAUGCUCAGUACUUUACGGAACAGGCGCAUCCGAGUGCGAAGGAUACGCUUACAAAGGCGUGUACCGCUGCGGGGUUAAGCGAGGAUGAGGCGAAGAGUUUGGUGGAGGAUGAGAGCGAGGGGCUGAUGGAUGUCAAGAUGGCGAUUAGAGAGCAGACGGGGAAUGGAGUCGACAGUGUGCCGUAUGUGGUAUUUGAGGGGCGGAGGAGGGAUUUUACACUCGUGGGGGCGAAGGAGGUGAAGGAGUAUGUCAAGACUAUGGAACAAGUUGGGAAGGAGGCGUAGGGGUGGGAAGGGGGAUAAGAGGAGCUAGUGUGGUAAUGACGCUGCGUGGGGCACUUGGGGAGAUGAAAAGGUAGGGAGGUUCGAGGCUGGGGUCUCUGAGUGGUAUUCAACAGCUUAAAGGAUUCUAGCCAGGGGAGAGGAUAUUUCUAGGAGUGUAUGCUGGAACAUAAUCGGUCGCCACCCGCCGUGAGGCCGAAUGAAUGAGAAAUAAGAUCGUGGAAAUCGCGCAGUCGAUGUUGUAAAAUAG